AUGAACACGCGUCAGAGCUACGCGCCCACUCCUCACAGCUACGUCCCCAACACGAGCCUGUCCGCCACCAUCAACCUCGAUGAAGAGGUGAAACUCAGCAACACCCGCGCCGAGCGCGACCUCCAAGACUCUCUCGGCGAGCUGUUUAGCAUCAUAGUCACCCUGGAUGAGCUGGAAAAGGCGUUCCUCAAGGAUGCCGUCCCCGAGGCCGAGUACACGGACAUUUGCGAGCGCUCGCUAAGGCAGUACAAGGCGCUGCUGGCGGAUGAGACAAUCGCAGCCGAGUUUGGGGACUUGGAAGACUUUAAGACCAAGUGGGAGCUCGACGUCCCCCGAGCGACAGAGCGUCUCCGAGUAGGCAUGCCCUCCACAACCAUCAACGCAUCUUCUUCCGCCCCCGCGGCCGCACCCCCAACCGCAGCCGCAAACAACACCAGCGGCGUGCUGAUCCUCGAGGCGACGCAAGAGUUCAUCACGUUCCUCGACGCCGUCAAGCUCGGCCUGCUGUCAAAGGACCAGCUGCACCCGCUGCUCUCGGACGUGAUCCAGUCGGUGAACCGCGUGACGGACAAGGACUUUGAUAACAGGGGCAAGAUUGUGCAGUGGCUCAUCACGCUGAACCAGAUGAAGGCCUCGGACGAGCUGGGCGAGCAGCAGGCGAGGGAGCUUGAGCUGGAUAUUCAGCAGGCGUACCAGGGUUUUAGACGAACUUUGACAUGA